GUCUAAUUCGUCUGCAAGAGCUCAUCAAAGCCCCUUCUAGAUACAACAUUAAAAUCAAAAUCCGCCAACUGCCCUCUGGAAAUAAAGAUGCCAGGCCCUUACUCAAGGAGAUGAAGAAGGGCAAAGAGUUCUACGUGAUAUUUGACUGCUCACAUGAAACGGCAGCAGAAAUCCUUAAGCAGAUUCUCUCCAUGGGAAUGAUGACCGAAUACUACCACUACUUUUUUACAACACUGGAUCUAUUUGCAUUAGACCUGGAACCCUACAGAUACAGCGGAGUAAACAUGACAGGGUUUCGCCUGCUCAACAUUGAGAACCCGCAAGUUUCGUCGGUCAUUGAGAAAUGGUCAAUGGAGCGUCUGCAGGCACCACCAAAACCGGAGACUGGCCUCCUCGAUGGCAUGAUGACAACUGAAGCAGCUCUGAUGUACGAUGCUGUUUACAUGGUAGCAGUGGCCUCCCAGCGUGCCUCCCAGAUGACUGUCAGCUCCCUGCAGUGCCACAGACACAAGCCGUGGCGUUUUGGACCCAGAUUUAUGAAUCUGAUAAAAGAGGCAAGUAGGGUUUUUGUGUUACCAACGGCACGGUGGGAUGGCCUGACAGGGCGCAUAACCUUCAACAAAACGGAUGGGUUGCGGAAGGAUUUUGAUUUGGACAUUAUUAGUCUCAAGGAGGAAGGAACAGAAAAGGCUGCUGGCGAGGUUUCUAAUCAUUUAUAUAAAGUGUGGAAGAAGAUUGGGGUUUGGAACUCAUACAGUGGCCUUAACAUGACGGACAGCAACAAGGACCGAUCAACCAACAUCACGGAUUCCUUGGCUAACCGGACACUUAUCGUCACCACCAUUUUGGAAGAUCCCUAUGUUAUGUACAAGAAGUCUGACAAGCCCUUGUAUGGAAAUGACAGAUUUGAAGGUUAUUGCCUGGACUUACUAAAGGAGCUGUCAAAUAUUUUAGGCUUCAUCUAUGAGGUCAAACUAGUUUCUGAUGGUAAAUACGGAGCCCAGAAUGACAAAGGAGAGUGGAAUGGGAUGGUCAAAGAACUCAUAGAUCAUAAAGCUGAUCUGGCUGUUGCCCCUCUCACUAUUACCUAUGUAAGAGAGAAAGUAAUUGAUUUUUCCAAGCCCUUCAUGACGCUGGGAAUCAGUAUCUUGUACCGGAAGCCCAAUGGGACAAACCCUGGUGUUUUCUCCUUUUUAAACCCUCUUUCUCCUGAUAUUUGGAUGUAUGUUCUCCUAGCUUGCCUUGGAGUCAGUUGUGUCCUCUUUGUCAUUGCGAGGUUUACACCAUACGAGUGGUAUAACCCCCACCCGUGCAACCCAGACUCAGAUGUGGUGGAAAACAAUUUUACUUUACUAAAUAGUUUCUGGUUUGGAGUUGGAGCUCUCAUGCAGCAAGGAUCAGAGCUGAUGCCCAAAGCUCUUUCUACCAGAAUAGUUGGAGGAAUAUGGUGGUUUUUCACCUUAAUCAUAAUCUCAUCCUAUACUGCCAACCUGGCUGCCUUCCUGACCGUGGAGAGGAUGGAAUCUCCCAUUGAUUCAGCAGACGAUUUGGCAAAGCAAACCAAGAUAGAGUACGGGGCUGUUAGAGACGGAUCCACAAUGACAUUCUUCAAGAAAUCCAAAAUAUCAACCUAUGAGAAGAUGUGGGCGUUCAUGAGCAGCAGGCAGCAGACAGCGCUGGUGAAGAACAACGAUGAGGGAAUCCAGCGUGUGCUCACUACGGACUAUGCGCUGCUAAUGGAGUCAACCAGCAUAGAGUAUGUGACUCAGAGAAACUGCAACCUCACCCAGAUCGGAGGGCUCAUUGAUUCGAAAGGCUACGGCGUGGGAACCCCCAUUGGGUCUCCUUACAGGGACAAGAUCACCAUCGCCAUCCUCCAGCUCCAGGAGGAGGGAAAGCUGCACAUGAUGAAGGAAAAGUGGUGGCGAGGCAACGGCUGCCCUGAGGAGGACAGCAAAGAAGCCAGUGCUCUUGGGGUGGAAAAUAUUGGAGGCAUCUUCAUAGUGCUCGCUGCAGGGCUGGUUCUUUCGGUGUUUGUAGCCAUUGGUGAAUUUAUAUAUAAAUCAAGGAAAAACAGCGAUAUUGAGCAGUGUCUUUCUUUCAAUGCGAUAAUGGAGGAGCUUGGAAUUUCGCUCAAGCAUCAGAAGAAGUUAAAGAAAAGGUCGAGAACUAAGGGGAAAUCUUCAUUCACAAGUAUCCUUACUUGUCACCAGAGGCGGACGCUGAGGAAAGAAACCAUAGCAUGAGCAAGAGAGACCCCUUUGAGGAAACAUCAGGAACAAAAGAACGAAACAAAAACAUUGCUGCCUACAAGUUGAUUGUGGUGGGAUUUCUGAAAUAUAGACGUUUACCUUGUUCUUCAGAAAUUCUCUGUGGUUUCUUUUUUUAAUCUAGAGGUACAACAGUUUAAAUGCUCACAUAGACUGAUGUACUACUAAUCAUGUGGGAAGUGUCUCACUCUUUCUUUUGAGAUGGAUUUGUAUGCUCAUCUGUUUUGCAUCUCUCUUCCCCUCCCCAUGCAUUGCUGUAUGUGCUUUCUAAAUAAAUAAAUAAACAAGAGACAGGGUUCUUUUUUCCAAUAA